UGUGAGGCUGAGGGUCAGUCUACAGACACAAACACAUUCUGAUAUCAGACUUCACAUGUUCAGUUGGAGCAGACAACGUCCACGCGGCUCCGAAAGCUUCUGAACACUCCAAACAUUUUUGUUCCCGACCUCGUCCGAGACUCUCCAAACACUUCAGACGUCCAACAGUUGGGCCGGCGUGAUAUGAUGACCCCUAUGUCUUGGGAGAAUUAACUGAAGAGGUGUGAAGGUGUGAAGGUGUGGACUCUGCUAUGAAUCAGUGUGAGAACAGAGAGGAGGGAGUCUCUCCCUCUAAAAUCACUCAGUUUGGGGAACAUGACAGCCAGACCAAAACUCAGAGGCAGAAGAAGCAGCAAGCAGACUUUCCUGUAUCCAGCUGUGCGUCCAUGAAGAGUGAUCACUCGCAAGGACAACAUGUUGACUUCAAACAUGGACAGAAGUCUGCUGAGCAAAAGAUCCGUCAGCAGAGAUCAGAUCCCUCUGGAAGCAGCUGUGUGUCCAUGAAGAGUGAUCACUCGCAGGGACAACAUGUUGACUUCAAACAUGGACAGAAGUCUGCUGAGCAAAAGAUCCGUCAGCAGAGAUCUGAUCCCUCUGGAAGCAGCUGUGUGUCCAUGAAGAGUGAUCACUCGCAGGGACAACAUGUUGACUUCAGACAUGGACAGAAGUCUGCUGAGCAAACACUUCAGCUUCAGAGUUCCACAGUUUCCAGUGGUCAGUCUACACGGCAACAUCGAAUAGACCUGGACUCCAUAUUCAUGCUGCUUGAGGAAAACAUUGUCACUUUUGUGAAGAAUGAGCUAAGGAAGUUCCAAAGGCUUCUGAGUCCAGAUUACCCAGAAUGCUCCAAAAGUGACGAUGAAGAGGUGGUGGAUGGUGAGGAAGAAGAGCAGAGAGUGAGCAGCAGAGAGGCAUUUCUAAAGAUAACACUGCAGUUCCUGAGGAGGAUGAAGCAAGAGGAGCUGGCUGACUGUCUGCAGAGCAGAAAUAGUGCUGCAGCUCUCUUAUGUCAGCGUAAACUCAAGUCUAAUCUGAAGAAGAAGUUCCAGUGUGUGUUUGAGGGGAUCGCUAAAGCAGGUAACCCAACCCUUCUGAAUCAGAUCUACACAGAGCUCUACAUCACAGAGGGAGGUACUGCAGAGGUCAAUGAUGAACAUGAGGUCAGACAGAUUGAAACUGCAACCUGGAAACCAGCAACACUGGAAACAACAAUCAGACAAGAAGACAUCUUUAAAGCCUCACCUGGAAGAGACGAACCAAUCAGAACAGUGAUGACGAAGGGAGUGGCUGGCAUCGGGAAAACAGUCUUAACACAGAAGUUCACUCUGGACUGGGCUGAAGACAAAGCCAACCAGGACAUACAGUUCACAUUUCCAUUCACUUUCAGAGAGCUGAAUGUGCUGAAAGAGAAAAAGUUCAGCUUGGUGGAACUUGUUCAUCACUUCUUCACUGAAACCAAAGAAGCAGGAAUCUGCAGGUUUGAAGAGUUCCAGGUUGUGUUCAUCUUUGACGGUCUGGAUGAGUGUCGACUUCCUCUGGACUUCCACAACACUGAGAUCCUGACUGAUGUUAGAGAGUCCACCUCAGUGGAUGUGCUGCUGACAAACCUCAUCAGGGGGAAACUGCUUCCCUCUGCUCGCCUCUGGAUAACCACACGACCUGCAGCAGCCAAUCAGAUCCCUCCUGGGUGUGUCGCCAUGGUGACAGAGGUCAGAGGGUUCACUGACCCACAGAAGGAGGAGUACUUCAGGAAGAGAUUCAGAGAUGAGGAGCAGGCCAGCAGAAUCAUCUCCCACAUCAAGACAUCACGAAGCCUCCACAUCAUGUGCCACAUCCCAGUCUUCUGCUGGAUCACUGCUACAGUUCUGGAGGACAUGUUUAAAACCAGAGAGGGAGGAGAUCUGCCCAAGACCCUGACUCAGAUGUACAUCCACUUCCUGGUGGUUCUGUACAAACUGAAGAACGUCAAGUAUGAUGGAGGAGCUGAGAGAGAUUCACACUGGACUCCAGAGAGCAAGAAAAUGAUUGAGUCUCUGGGAAAACUGGCUUUUGAGCAGCUCCAGAAAGGAAAUCUGAUCUUCUAUGAAUCAGACCUGACAGACUGUGGCAUUGAUAUCAACAAAGCCUCAGUGUACUCAGGAGUGUUCACAGAGAUCUUUAAAGAGGAGAGUGGACUGUACCAAGACAAGGUGUUCUGCUUCAUCCAUCUGAGUGUUCAGGAGUUUCUGGCUGCUCUUCAUGUCCAUCUGACAUUCAUCAACUCUGGAGUCAAUCUGCUGGCAGAAGAACAAACAAAAUCCCAAAAAUCAAAAGUUUUCAGAGACAAAUCUAAACUGAAACAUCUCUACCAGAAUGCGGUGGACAAGGCCUUAGAGAGUCCAAAUGGACACUUGGACUUGUUCCUCCGCUUCCUCCUGGGUUUUUCACUGGAGACCAAUCAGAAUCUCCUACGAGGUCUGCUGAUACAGACAAGAAAUAGAUCAAAGACCAAUCAGGAAACAGUCCAGUACAUCAAGAAGAAGAUCAGUGAGAGUUUGUCUCCAGAGAGAAGCAUCAAUCUGUUCCACUGUCUGAAUGAACUGAAUGAUGGUUCUCUAGUGGAGGAGAUCCAACAGUCCCUGAGUUCAGGAAGUCUCUCCACAGAUAAACUGUCUCCUGCUCAGUGGUCAGCUCUGGUCUUCAUCUUACUGUCAUCAGAGAAAGAUCUGGACGUGUUUGACCUGAAGAAAUACUCUGCUUCAGAGGAGGCUCUUCUGAGGCUGCUGCCAGUGGUCAAAGCCUCCAUCAAAGCUCAGCUGAGUGGUUGUAAUAUAUCUUGGAAAGGCUGUGAAGCUCUGUCUUCAGUUCUCAGUGCCCAGUCCUCUAGUCUGAGAGAGCUGGAUCUGAGUAACAACAACUUGCAGGAUUCAGGGUUGAACCUUCUUUCUGCCGGACUAAAGAGUUCACACUGUACAGUAGAAACCCUAAGACUGGGUAUUUGUAAACUGUCAUGGCUGAGCUGUGAAGCUUUGUCUACAGUGCUUAGCUCACAGUCCUCUAGCCUGAGAGAGAUGGACCUGAGUAACAAUGACCUGCAGGAUUCAGGAGUGAAGCAGCUGUCUGCUGGAUUGAAGAGUCCAAACUGUAAACUGGCAACAUUCAGACUGUCAGGCUGUCUGAUCACAGAUGAAGGCUGUUCGGCUCUGGCUUCAGCUCUGGGGUCCAAUCCCUCUCAUCUGAGAGAACUAGACCUGAGCUACAAUCAUCCAGGAGACACAGGAGUAAAGUGGCUGUCCGCUGCACAAGAGGAUCCAGACUGGAGACUGGACACUCUCAGGUUGGACAAUUGUGGAAAGCAGUGUCUAAAACCUGGUCUGAGGAAGUAUGCAUGCAAACUGAUAUUGGACCCAAAUACAGCACACAGAAAGCUCAAACUCUCUGACAACAACACAAAAAUAACACUGGUGGGAGAGAAACAGCAGCAUUUUCCAGAUCAUCCAGACAGAUUUGACCCCUGCUGUCAGCUGCUUUGCAGAACUGGUCUGACUGGUCGCUGUAACUGGGAGGUUGAGUGGAGAGGAGAGGUUGAUAUAGCAGUGACUUACAGAGGAAUAAGUCGGAGAGGAAAUGGUGUUGAAUGCAGAUUUGGAGGGAAUGAUCAGUCCUGGAGUCUGCACUGCUCUAAUGGUGGUUAUGCUGUCUGUCACAAUAACAGAAGGACAGUCCUCCCUCUCUCCUCCUCCUCUGGUAGAGCAGCAGUGUAUGUGGACUGUCCUGCUGGCAUUCUGUCCUUCUACAGAGUCUCCUCUGACUCACUGAUCCACCUCCACACCUUCAACACCACAUUCACUGAACCUCUUUAUCCUGGGUUUGGGUUUGGUUUUGGGUCUGGGGUGGAGUCUUUAAUGUUAUCUCUGGAGUCCUCAGUGUGCCUGUGUUCACUGUAGCAAGGAGAGCCAGAUGGGGUGCUGAUAGAAUAA